AUGCCUAUUCCUCUCUUCCGAACACCUACAAUCAUUAUCGACAUAAUCACUGACCUCGCCGUCUUUAUCACUCCCCUAUGGAUUGCCGUCAUCGUCGGCGUCGUCCUGGGCUGGGCCUGGAAGCCCAACUGGGCUUUUGACCCCAAACACGCUCUCCAAAAGCUUCGCUCCCCUCGCCCCUCCAAUCCCCUAAACGACACGGCUUUCACCUACUCCACCACCACCACCACCAGUGAUGGGAGUUCCUUCGAGCGUGAAAAAGACGCCAGCGGAAAUGCGGCGGUGACGGAGCAUGAUUUGCUGCAUUUGUGGAAGUUGGUUGAGGAGAAAGAGGGAGGCCCCGCGUGGAUUCAGAUGAUGGACCGUUCUACCCCCACCAUGAGCUACCAAGCGUGGCGUAGGGAUCCCGAGAGUGGACCGCCGCAGUACCGGAGCAGAACGGUGUUCGAGGACGCGAGUCCUGAGUUGGUGAGGGAUUUCUUUUGGGACGACGAGUUUCGGUUGAAGUGGGAUGACAUGCUUAUUCACGCUUCGACUAUACAAGAAUGUGCCCUCACUGGUGCCAUGAUGGUGCACUGGGUGCGCAAGUUUCCCUUCUUUUGCAGUGACAGAGAGUAUAUCAUAGGGAGGCGCAUUUGGGACGCUGGCCAAAUUUACUACUGUGUCACAAAGGGAGUACCUUGCCUCUCCAUGCCAAGGCAUAACAAACCUAAACGAGUUGAUUUAUAUUAUUCAAGCUGGUGUAUUCGUGCAGUUAAAUCAAGAAAAGAUGGCCAGCUGACCUCAUGCGAAGUAUUAUUAUUUCAUCACGAAGAUAUGGGCAUACCCUGGGAAAUUGCUAAGCUUGGAGUUCGACAGGGUAUGUGGGGAGCUGUCAAGAAGUUUGAUCCUGGACUAAGAACAUACAAAAAACAAAGGGCUUCUGGUGUACCAUUAUCACCCUGCGCUUGCGCUGCUAACAUCAACUCCAAAGUUAGUAUGGACUAUAUGAGGUCUCUGGAAAACACCACCAGUGAUUUGUUGGAGACUGAAAAUCAAGAUUCUUCUGACAAACCAGUUGGUAGGAACAUACCUAAGCUUCUAAUUGUUGGUGGAGCCAUUGCUCUUGCCUGCACUCUUGAUCAAGGACUACUAACUAAGGCCGUUAUAUUUGGAGUAGCCCGAAGGUUUGCGAAAAUGGGAAGGAGGUUUGAAUUUCCUUUGGCAGUAGAAUUAGAAGUUGAGAUGUUACUUCUUGCUUUUGGAGCUACUGUUUAUUCUGGAUCUAGUUGGCAGCCAUGGUUCAAGAGGAAUGGGGUGGGCCCCACCAGCUACGAUAUCUCGGUACGUAAACAUGAAAUUCUCACCGACUGCCACGUGUCGUGA